ACAUCUAAGCUAACCACCAGACGUAACCCACCGAGGAAGGCCUUUUUUUUCCAGUUCACUCAUUGAGUAGUGGUCUCUUCGCUUUUCCACUAUUUUCUUCUUUCUUGUGAUGCUCUGUUUGCUUUUCUAUUCUUGUGGGUUCGAAGAAACAAGUGAGCUGCUGCUGUAGGAGAAAGUCUGUCUGAGCCGAUGGCUUCAACGCUGCUUUUGGUGGUUGUUUUUGUACUCGAUCUCAUUGCUUUUGCUCUGGCUGUUGCUGCUGAGCAAAGGAGGGCCGAGGGAAAGCCUCAUCAAGAUGCAAAAGGUGGCAGCCAUUGUAUUUAUGAUUCAGAUAUUGCUACCGGCUUGGGUGUCGGCUCAUUCCUUUUCCUCCUGGCCAGCCAACUCCUUAUAAUGGUUGCAAGUCGAUGCUUGUGCUGCGGGAAUGCUUUGAGACCCAGCAGCUCGAGGGCAAAGGCCAUCGCACUAUUCAUCACCUGCUGGGUGACAUUUAUAAUUGCUGAGGUUUGCUUGCUCGCGGGUUCGGUGAGGAAUGCCUACCACACCAAAUACAGGACUAAUGUAUGGUCAAAUCCUCCUUCUUGCAAAACCUUGAGAAAGGGAGUCUUUGGAUCCGGGGCGGCCUUCGUUGUCUUCACCGGCAUAUUGUCGGAGCUUUACUAUGUUUACUACUCCAGAGCCAAUGCUUUCCAGGCUAAUCGGGACACCGGAAUAAGGAUGGCAACCUACAAAUGACCCCCGCCGGAGAAGUGACUGACGUGUUCUUGCUGUUUAUAUUUUCCGGUGAUGUUUGUUUUAACUUCUUGACCAGCAUCAGCAUGCCGGCCGGAUUUCAUGUUACGGUUUAUACAGAAACAUGCUCUAAUAUGAUGGGUUCAUGACUCUCUGGAUUGCUUGUAACUUUGUUGUAUAGUGUUAGUUACUUCAAACUCUCAGACUAAAUGGAGGCUUUUUCUCGUCAUUUCUUA